AUGUUUCAUUAUCACCGUCUCCGAACUCUCCUCUACUCCCAAACCCCAAAAUGUCACCUUCUUCAAAGAAUCCACUCUUUCAACUUUUUCUCCACCACCACCACCACAUCAGAUUCAGAUAAACGAUCCUUCACCAUUUCCUACCUCACUAACAACUGUGGUUUAUCUCCCCAAGAUGCUCUCAAAGCAUCAAAACGACUUCGUUUCACCACCCCCGAAAAACCCAAUUCCGUUAUCGCCUUCUUCAAAACCCACGGCUUCUCCAAUCCCCAAAUCCAAUCCAUCAUUCUCAAAGCACCAACAAUCUUAUCAUCCAACCCCACCAAAACCAUUCUCCCAAAGUUUCAAUUUUUAGCCUCCAAAGGUGCUUCUCCCUCUGACAUAGCCGCCACCGUCACCAGAAGCCCCCAUUUCCUUGGCGCAAGCCUGAAACGCAUGGUCCCUUCUUUUGAAUUGGUAAGAAGUUUCUGUCCCUCUGAUCAAAAAGCUAUUACUUCAAUAAUUUUUUGUCCUUCUUCCAUUAGUGAUAUCCGCCUGAAACCAAAUCUUCAAUUUUUGCUUGAUUCCGGUGUCACUCCUUCGAGCAUUUACCGUUUGCUUUGUUCUAGACCCUCUGUAAUUUGUUCUAAUGAUUUGAGAAAGGCUGUGGAAGAGAUUAAGGAAUUAGGGUUUGAUCCUUCCAAGUACAAUUUUUGUGUGGCAUUACUUGCCAAGAGGGCUAUCUCUAAAUCCCAAUGGGAUGCUAAAGUUGAUGCCUUGAAGAGUUGGGGUUGUUCUGAAGAUGUGAUUUUUGAGGCUUUUAAAAGACAGCCUAACUUUAUGCUACGGUCACCGGAGAAACUCAAUGCAGUGAUGCGUUUUUGGGUCAAGGAGCUUGGUUGGGAUCCUUCAUUGCUACUGGCAGCACCGGAUCUUUUCGGAUUUAGUAUCGAGAAACGGUUUAUUCCAAGGGCUUCUGUUAUCAAGUAUCUUCUUUCCAAUGGUAUGAUGAAGAAGGAUGCUAGCUUAGUGACACCGUUUUGUUUGUCUGAUGAGUUGUUCCUGCAAAGGUAUGUGAAACGUUUUGAGGAUGAAGAAGCAUCUUGGCUAUUAAAGCUAUAUCAAGGUUAG